CGCCUUUUGGACACAGUCGGGGGGUGCCUUCCUCUUCUUCUCCUUUGCCGUCCAGUUUCUUCUCAAGGAAGGGUGGGACAUCCAGCAACAGGAGCAAAGGCACCAGCAGCCCCUCCUCUCCUUGGCUUCCUUUGCCUGCUCUUCUUUCCUGAGCGUUGUUUUGAUCCUCUGCCUCCUUUUGCGCGUGGACUCCGUGCGCCUUGUUGGCACCGAUUUGGGGACCUCAUGGCUCUCUUCGUGGCCGGCUUCCUCGCCCUCUUCUGCGCCCGUUUGGCUGAACAGGCUGGUGUUUUUGAACUCCAGGUCCACUCCUUCACCACCAGCAGCCCCCGAAACCUGUGCCAUGGGGUGCGCCCCUGCCGUAUCUUCUUCCGCGUCUGCCUCAAACACGCCCAAGCCGUGGUGUCCCCGGAGCCCCCUUGCACCUUCGGGGCAGCCCUGAGCGAUAUCGUCCCUGCGGACCGCGGUGCGGUGGCCACCAGCACGCCCAUCCAGGUCCCCUUCCAUUUCAAGUGGCCGGGGACAUUCUCUCUCAUUAUUGAAUCCUGGAGGGCUGAAUCAGGAGAGCCAUCGACAGAGGAUGCCCAGAGGCUGAUCAGCCGCCUGGCCACCCGUCGUCGCCUGGCCGUCGGUGAGGACUGGUCGCAAGAUGUGCAACUGGGAGACCAGAGUGAGCUGCGCUACUCCUACCACGUCACCUGCGACGAGCACUACUACGGGGAGAGCUGCUCGGACUACUGCCGGCCACGGGACGAUGCCUUUGGGCACUACGCCUGUGACGAACUGGGCAGCCGGAUCUGCUUAGCAGGGUGGCGGGGCGAAUAUUGCUCCGAGCCCGUUUGUUUGCCCGGCUGCAGCCACAGCCACGGGUUCUGCGAGAAGCCCGGCGAGUGCAAGUGCCGCAUCGGCUGGCAGGGCCCUCUCUGCGACGCGUGUGUCCGCUACCCGGGCUGCCUCCACGGGACCUGCGCCCAGCCCUGGCAGUGCAACUGCCGGGAAGGCUGGGGCGGGCUCUUCUGCAACCAGGACCUCAACUACUGCACCAACCACCGUCCCUGCAAGAACGGCGCUACCUGCACCAACACGGGCCAAGGGAGCUACACCUGCGGCUGCCGGGCCGGCUUUGCGGGCACCAGCUGCGAGAUGGAGAUCAACGAGUGCGACAGCAACCCCUGCAAGAACGGAGGCAGUUGCAACGACUUGGAGAAUGACUACAAAUGCACCUGUCCUCAAGGCUUCUACGGCAAGAAUUGUGAAAUCAGUGCCAUGACCUGUGCUGACGGACCGUGUUUCAAUGGUGGGACUUGCAUGGAGAAGCGCUUGGGUGGCUACAGUUGUCACUGCCCAGUAAACUACCACGGCUCCAAUUGCGAGAAGAAGAUAGACCGGUGUAGUAACAACCCCUGCUUGAACAACGGCCACUGUUUGGAUCUGGGCCGCAGCAUGAUCUGCAAAUGCCGCCCGGGCUUUGUUGGCUCCUUCUGUGAGCUGAACAUUGAUGACUGCGCGGGCAACCCAUGUGCCAAUGGCGGCACCUGCAUCGAUGGUCCAAACAGCUACACCUGUUCUUGCACACUGGGCUACGGGGGGAAGGACUGCAGCACCCGCAUGGAUGCCUGUGGCUCCAGUCCCUGCUUGAACAGCGGCACUUGCUAUACCCACUUCUCCGGCCACGUCUGCGAGUGUUCGGCAGGCUACAUGGGUUCCAACUGUGAAUUCAAAGUCCAGAUCCCAACCCCCGUCAGCAGUCAACGGGUGGCCGAAGGCCCUUUCCCUGUCGCGCUGGCUGUUUCCUUUACUCUGGGUCUCAUGAUGUUGGUGCUUGCCGCCUGUGCCACCGCAGCAAUGCUUCGGCACAUGAGGCAGGGCCACAAGGCGGUCAAAAGCAGUGUCCGCAACGACCUGGCAACCAUCAACAACUUCAAGGAGAGGGAUGGAUUCCUAAUCCCGCCUGGGUGCUUUAAGGUGUCCAACAGAGAAUCCAGGUUCAGUAGUGACCAGUUCAACUGCAAGCGGAAGCUGCUGGACCAGAGCCGUGAGUCUGUCUGCAAAAAGCUGGAGAAUAAAAAGUCUGAGCCCAUCCGGUCCGCUGUUCCCGCUGGAUACCCAAAGGACGGCACCUACCACCCCAUCUACAUCAUCCCAGACCAGAUGGAACAGUGCAUUUACGCAACCGAGGUCUAAAGAAGAUCCUUCUACCGAGCCUUGGUGACUGGCAUCUGUAUUUUAUUUCAUUUUUCUUCCAAAUUUCUCAGCUAAUGGGAUGUUUACAGAGAACACUGAAUGAACUCCUGGAGCAGUCCUGAUGUAACUUUUUAUUCUGAUAGUAUUAUAAAAAGACUCCUUUUUUUUUAAAGGAAAAAAUAUUUAAUAUUUAUUCUUGCUGCUAUUAUAUAUAUAUUUAAUUUUAUUGUUGUUUUGGAAAGAAGACCAAUAGACUGAUUCAACGAUUUGACGAACGGAGCCUGCCAAUGGAAUGGAAAGUCAGAACUGGGUUUGGAGAGCCACCUUUAAGCUUUCUCUUGGAUAAAAGGCUAGUUUGCGGUUUGGGAUCAGGAAAGGCCCCAGUACUGGAAUUGUCUGGCCUCUAGAAAAGGCAGGUCCUUUUCCUACAGAAGUGCCAGGGCUGAACUCGUUUUUUAAACAUGUCUUUUU